CUACUGUUUAGUUGUAAAUCGUGAUUCAUCCGUAGAACUUGUAUAGUAGCUAAAUAAUAACAAUAGAGACAUCUGUUAUUCAAAUUUUCUUUUCAAACGUCUUUGACUAAGAAUUGAACACGAACUAAAUAAGUAAUGUGUUGUGCUUUUUGAACUUUCUGUUGCAAUCGUAAAAAGAUUUCAAAAUGGAAGAUGAUGAUCGGAAGGCCAUCCAAAACAACUUUAUAUCUCUCGUAGAACAAACUGAUCUGGAUAUCAUGGUCUCAUCUUUAUACGAGAAAGGAGUUUUCUCUGAACGAAUGAUUGAACCAUAUAAGGACAUGACCAAGGAUAUGAGAGAAAGAAAACGCCAAUUGUAUAUGGAUAUACCUCGGCGCGGUCCGCUAGCGUUCGGCCACCUUCUGGACGCGUUGUCAGAGAAUGGAUACUGGGACUUGGUGCGUGACCUUGACCCCCGGAGUUCACUACACGCGCGCCGCCCUAGGAACCCCGCGCCUAGCACCAGCAUGGAGUCAAACGAGAAGUUCCUCAGUAUUAGCAAAGAGAAAAAGAAGACUAAAACUGCGACAGAUAUUAAUAAAAGUGGGUAACGAACAAACCCCAUCCCGCCGGCUCCGCGGCCUCCCGUCGACUCCAAGGACCUGCCAGACCCCACCACCAUACCAAAAUUUCAUGUUGUUAAAUCUACAAAGUUUUUUGAAGAAGAUGAAAAGUCGGAGAUCAAGCUGUACCGCACGCGCGGGCGGCGGCGCGGCGUGUUGGUGGUGUUCAGCUACGUCAACUUCGACAUGCUGGAAACCCAGCGGAAGGGCGUCGACGAGGACUGCAAGAACCUCAAGUACCUCUUCAACGAGAUCGGCUUCCGGGUACUCUCCUACCAGGAUCUCACCAAACAGGAGACGCUGGACACCCUGAAGGCGCUGCGCGAGGUGGUGGUGGGCGCGGAGUGCGUGUUCAUCGUGGUGUCGUCCCACGGCUACGAGGGCGCCCGCGGCUACGACAACGACCUGCGCUGUGCUGACGGCGGGCUGCUGUCCACGCGCGAUGUUGUCGACCACUUUCACAACAUCAGCAUGCCCGAGCUGCGCGGCGUGCCCAAGGUCUUCAUCUUCCAGCUGUGCCGCGGCAACAACGAGGAAUCGACGUGGGCCUGCGUGGACACGGACGGCGCCCCCAGGCCGGCAGGGCGGGCGGAGUGGUCUGGGCGGGCGGACCGCGACGGCGUGGCGGCCACGUGGAUGAGCGCGCCGCACGAGCGCAACCCGCGCGACCGCGUCUACUCAGACAUACUCAUCGCCCACGCCACCGUGCCCGGCAACGUGGCGUACCGCGACCCGCAGCUGGGCUCGUGGUACAUCCAGGCGCUGUGCGACGUGUUCGCGGCGCGCGCGCACGACUGCCACGUGGAGCGCCUGCUGACGCUGGUGGACCAGCGCCUGCACGCCGCCUUCCGCCUGCAGACCUCCUCCGUGGACCGCUGGGGCUUCAACCGCCGCCUCUACCUGCACCCCGGCCUGGUGGAGCCCGACGACGCGUCGCCCCUGCUACCUCUGUAGUACUCAUUAUUUGUAAUAUUUUCAAUUUUUACUUCCCUCUAUUUAUGUAUUAUGUUCCCUCUCUUACACAGAGAAAGAAGCCUAUGUGGCAUGUCACAGGCUGAAUCGAUUGAUCGAUCUAUUAAUGUCAAGCAGUCAAAAAUGAGUUAGUCUCAACCGAUAUGAAUAAUGUUUUUAAGUCUACGAUUAUUUAGUAAAAUGUAUUUAGCUGUACUAUAUUUAUUUUUAUAUUUAGUGUGUAAGGAUGUAAUACUGACUAAAAUGGUGAAUUUGUAGUAGGUGAGAAUUAAAAAAGAAAAGGAUGGCGAAGGCAUUAAUUAAUGCUCAAAUAUU